ACUUAACUAAUUUAAUGGAUUCACGUAAAAUGCUUUGCGAUCAACUACGUGCUAUUGAAAGCAAAAUAGAAGGUUGUCAACAAAAUGAUGAACCAUACGAUAUGUAUGUUAAUGAAAUGAACAGUCUAACAGAGACAAUUCAAUCACAAACACAACAGAUAAGUGAUGCUGGUGUACGAUCAUCAACUGAUGCAGGAGGUUGUUGUGGUGUCGCUGCAUCAGAUCCUGAUUGUCAGAUAUUAUCGUGUCGUUUAGUACAAUAACAUAAUAUUCAAGAAGCAGGCAUAGCUUUGAAAUAUUUAUUUGAAAAAAGUAAAUCUUUGAUUGUUAGUUUUGUAUGCAAAAAAUGUUU